AUGGCUUCAGAGAAGGCUUCCAGCGAUGAGGGACAUGCCCCUGCUAUCGCUCGGUCUGCAUACAUCCUCGAUGAGCGUCGACGUACUGCUCUGGCGGAGGUCGACACUGCCAAGUCCUCAUGGUUUCAUGUGAAGAUCUGCCUUCUUGCCGGGGCUAGUUUCUUCACCGAUGCCAUCGACGCAACUAUGAUUGGGUACGUCUACGGUCACACAAAUCAAGAUCUUGGCCACAAAGUCGCUACUCCGGUUGGUACUUUCGUUGGUCAGCUCCUCUUCGGUUGGCUCGCCGACAUCGUUGGACGCAAGCGCAUGUACGGUGUCGAGUUGAUCCUCAUGAUAAUAGCUACGUUUGGACAGACGGUCUCAGGAAGCGGUCAUGCAGUAAAUAUCAUUGGCGUUCUUAUUAUAGGUGUUGGGAUUGGAGGUGGUUACCCUCUGAGCGCGAUCAUUUCCUCAGAGUUUCGCCUCUACCAAAAUUGGGGGACGUAUGAUGAACGCAGUUUUUGCAUUUCAAGGCAGGGGUUACUUUGGUAUAUGCUCAACAGCUUUUCGGAUACUCAAAAGACUUGCGCAUCUUCUCUAGCCGCGGUUUUGGUUUCUUUAAUUGUCACCGUCGUCUAUAAACACUCCAUUCUUCACGACACGCCUCCAAACUACAACCACGUCGACUACCUGUGGCAUCUUCUCAUCGGGAUUGGUUGUGUUCCUGGUGUCAUCGCCCUAUACUUCCGUCUGACUAUCCCAGAGACACCGCGCUUCACCAUGGACGUAGAACGCAACAUCCAGCAAGCCUCCGCCGACAUUUCCAACCGCACUGACGCCCCCAAGGCCACCUGGUCAGACUUCACUACAUACUUUAUCCAAUGGAAAAAUGCCAAAUCCUCAUCGAUUGCUUUCUACGGCCUUGGACUAAAUUCUACUAUCAUCCUUGAGGUUGUAGGUUUCGGAACGCCUCUGACAAGUGAUUCGCAAAAGGUCUACGAUAACCUGAAGAAUGGUAACCUGAUCCCAUCGGCUGCCGGCCUCAUCCCUGGGUAUUGGGUUUGUUUCCUCUUUAUCGAUUCAUGGGGCCGCAAGCCUAUCCAGCUGAUGGGGCUUCAUCACGCCUUCGUGUUCCUCUACUGCCUCGCCGACUUCUUCCAGAACUUUGGGCCAAACAUAACCACAUUCAUCGUCCCUGCGGGAAACGGAGCGAUCAUUGCCCAAGUAGGGUUCUCUCGGUUGAAGGAUAUCGGUGGGCCUAACAACUUUGUGAAGCACAUCCUGGAAACAUUCGCGCUGUUCAUGCUGGCGGGGAUCUUCUCGACCCUGCUCAUUCCCGAGACAAAGAAUAAAACACUUGAAGAGCUAUCGAAUGAAGAACAGGAAGGCUUCAUAUCUCUUCACAGCCCUGCACACCCAUCUUCAAAUUAUCGACGACAAGAAACAUCACCGCUUUAUUACGACGAACCAGAGCCUGGGGUGAACCAGUGGUUCACCCUGGGCUCCGACGCCGUCGAACGAUUUCAAAGCUCACGAUAA